GACACAAAAAACUUGAAAGUUUUGUGGAAAAAUUUAAAAAAAAAAGCAAGAAAAGAUGUGGCAUCAAAUAAACGAGCACGGAUGGGUACUGGAGGAGGAAUAUGUGCCGAUGUCGAGUGUCCAAUGCCACCAAUUACACAACAAAUUUUCUCCUUAAUCCCCGAGCAAAUUACGCCUCUCCCAAAUCCUGUUGAUAGCGAUGCUGAUUUUAAUGUCCCUGUCGAAGAUAAUGUUGUGGCCGAAUUUCCUGCAUUACUGCAACAGCAAUCAGGAGAAUCAAAUAGUGAAACUUUGAAUGCAUCAAAUGUACUCAUACAGGAUUUAUAUCUAGUGAAUCCAUCUGAAUUUUCUGAUGAUCCAACAACUAAUGAACCACCACCCAAUAAUAAUCGUCGCAGUAAUUUUAAAAUUGUUGAUAAAUAUGCACUAGAAUAUCACAAAGCUCGAAUGCAUUUUUUAAAAGAAGAACAUAGAGCUAAAAUGAAUUUUAUGAAGGAAGAAGAUUUAAGAAGAAAGAGAGAGCAUGACUAUAGAAUUGAACUCCUACAAGAAGAAAAAAGAGAACAACAAUUAAAAAUAGAACUACUGCAAGAAAAAUUAAAAAGCAUUAAAAAAUAGUCUUAU